AUGGUUACAGGUAAGGUUAGGGUUAGGGUUAGGGUUAGAUACCCAGCAGAGGCUCCCCGGUACAUACCACAGUUCAGCCUGGCUGUGGCUGUGUGGGACGGACAGGAGGACAUCAAUGUGAGGAUAGGGUACAGGAUCCGUGGUGAGCUGGCCACAACGGGAGCACAGACAGCGGAGGCUGAGACCACGCUGGCCUCCUGGGUCAUCACCAUUAUCUUCUUCUCAGUCAUCCUGACCAUCAUGCUCCUCUGCUUCAUUGCUGUGCUCAUCAUGAAGAAGAAGAAUGAGAGGAGUAACCAGGUGACUCCUGUAGGCAGCCAGGAUGAUCUGCAGGCACACGACUUGGCCGGUCCGGCCAACCCUGGGCGCAGCUCCAGCAGGACCAGACUCCUGGGAUCACAGGGCAGCCUGGAGAGUGGUGAGAGUGGACAGAGCUCCAUCGAGAUGAACGAAUCUGCUUCAGACGCUUACGAAGACGACAGUGAGGCUCUGGUCGCCCGGCCAGCUCGAGUCACGAGCGCUCGCCCAGGCAAUAGAAGCAGGGCAUCAGCAAAUGACAACCUGACGCCCCACGAGCGCGCCCGCCUCGACAGGAAGGAACUACGGGAACGUGAGAGGAACCAGAUCCUGGCAAAGUACUCAAACAGCGCCUCCCAGCAGUCUGGGUCAGCAGUGCAGGACCCACCUGCACAGCGCAGCAGCGCCUCACAGCGGGUGGGGUCGGCAAUGCAGGGGCGGCGGCUGCCGCCAUUGAGGCUAGACACGGUCAUCAAAGAAGUGGCCGAAGAGGAAGAAGAAGAAGAAGAGGAAGACGUGUCCCCAAGACUCCGCAAGCGUCUUAGGUCUGCCAAGGAGGCAGCCAGAAGCAACAGGGAUUUGAGGUCCUCAACAGCCUUACCUGGUAUUGACCAGUAUAUGUCCGGGAAUGAGAGCAACUGUUAGUUGCUGUUUUCUAGUUGCUUAUUUGCUUAUUUGUCUGUUUUACCAUGUUUGUUUGUUUGUUUUUUUGAACCCUCGUUUGUAAAUAACUCAAAUCAGGUCUGGUGGUCACAUUUCAUAGAGGGUAUGAUUCUAUUAGUACGAGUAUACUUGUAAGAUGAAAUAUAACUGGUACAACUAACGUGAUUUGAUUCAUUUAUAAUAUAUGGAUAUUUAGUCAUAAUAAAUUCAUAGAAAAUAUUUAUUGUUUAUAUAUAUUUUAUUAGAAAGACAUCACUGUGAAUGUAAAGAUAAUCAUAUAUAAUAUCCCCGCAUAUCACGUUAUUUAUGGACUGGAUGAGUUAGUAGAUAAAGUGAGUAGUGCAAAAUUAAGAUGAUUAUUAAUUGAAUGAAUGAGCAUAUGGGUUGAUGAUUGAGUAAACAAAUCUUUUGGAGUACUAUAUUAUACUAUAUUAAUUCAUAUUCAUUAUGGAACUAGAUCAAUCCUGUAUUAUUGAUUACAUCUGCCCUUAUGUUUACAACUGUCUUAAGAAGCGAGAAGAAGUUGAACCUGUACAUACCAGCACAUAGAAGUCUCUGUAGAUGAAAUUGUGCCUUAUCGCUAUGACCUGUACUUAGCUUGUUUGAGCAUGAAUGUACAAUAAAGGUCUUUCAUUUAUUAUAUUCUGAAUCAUGCACAGUCAUCAAUCCUAGGUCAAUUGUAUCAAACAGCGAAUUUAUUACAGGAAUGAACUUAAUUGUAAAAAAUCUUGUAUAAUAUUUCACAGUGUUGAAAAGCUGGAGAGCUUAAAAGGUAGUUUGUUUUGGCAUAAAAUAUAAGCGCUAUGUAGUCUUUGUAUAAUAACCUGGUCUUUCACUUAUCCUUUUUUUGCAAAAGUUCCAUAUUUUUAAACAACCAAUCCUCCUAUAUUUUCACUACUUUAUAUUCAACCAUCUUGAAGGUAGCUUGUGGAAUAGAAAUGCAAAAAUAGUAGAUCAUAAUAAUAAUUUUGUAAAUGCAAAUAAAAUCUAAGCAUUCAAAUUUGGUAUGAUAUAUUGUAAUUGAUAACGUAUGUAUCAAUGUAUAUAUAAUAGAUGAGAUUUUGUUUUGAGUUUAGAUAUACUGCUCUGAUGUAAAAGAAGGCAAUUCAUUCUGUGAAGGCGUUAGAUUCUAGGGCUCCAGAAGAGCGCCAAGUGCUGUACUUUCCACAUCAUGUUACACACAACUGUAAUCAC